GUCCACGGCGCCACGCCAUCGCUUCUUCCUCCUCCUCUCAUCGUCGCGGCCUCGUCGGGCUCCUCCUCCCUCCUCCCCGCCUUCCAAUUCCAAACCCAUCGCCCCGCCGGAGCCCGCCGCCGCUGCAUUUGCGGGUGACCUCUGCUACGAGAGCCGCGGGUGGCUGCGAGACGCGCGCGGGGGGGGGGGGGGGGGGGUGGCGGUCAUCGAUUGCGGCUUCUGCCCUGUCCGCUCCGGCGAGCUUCUCCCCGUCGACGGGCCUGGGACUGGAAAUUCUUCCAUAUAUUCAGUUCAUGAGUUGUUGGUAUUCCGGUUGCUGUUAAGUGAUUGGGAAAGCUGAUUGGCCAGAAGCAUUCUUGGUCAUGGGUAGCAAUGAACCUAGCACACCCUCCAAGGCUCCAAAGGCAUCAGAACAAGAUCAACCUCCAGCCACUACGUCUGGUGCAACAGCUUCAGUUUACCCUGAAUGGCCCAGCUUUCAGGCCUACUCAGCAAUGCCACCACAUGGGUUCUUCCCCCCUACUGUCGCUGCAAAUCCACAGGCUCAUCCAUACAUGUGGGGAGCUCAGCCCAUGGUGCCACCUUACGGGACACCACAAUCACCUUAUGUGAUGUAUCCACCUGGAACAGUAUAUGCCCAUCCCUCUACAACACCUGGUAUGCAUCCAUUUAGUCAUUAUCCUAUGCCAACAAAUGGACAUGCUGAAACUCCUGGAGCUGCGCCAAGUGCUCCAGAAAUGAAUGGGAAAAGUGAGCCUGGCAGAACAUCUGCUCCAUCUGCCAAUGGGAUUACCUCCCACAGUGAGAGUGGAAGUGAGAGUGAAAGUGAAGGAAGUGAUGCCAAUUCCCAAAAUGAUUCACACUCAAAGGACAAUGAUGGAAAGGAAGACGGCAGUUCACAGAAUGGCAUAUCUUAUUCAGCAUCACAGGGAAUGUUAAAUCAAAGCAUGUCGAUGAUUCCAAUACAACCGGGUGCGAUGGUUGGAGUUCCUGGCUCCACAGCUAACUUGAAUAUUGGAAUGGACUACUGGGCUGCUCCCGGUUCUGCAGCUAUCCCUGCAACGCAGGGCAAAGCAACUGCUGGUUCAGCCCGAGGAGAUCAAUGGGAUGAAAGGGAACUCAAGAAGCAGAAACGAAAGCAGUCUAAUCGAGAAUCAGCACGCAGGUCCCGGCUGCGCAAGCAGGCUGAGUGCGAGGAGCUUGGGCAACGUGCUGAAUCUUUAAGGUCGGAAAACUCCUCGCUUAGGGCAGAGCUUGAACGGAUUAGAAAGGAGUACGAACAGCUACUUUCACAGAAUGCUUCCCUCAAGGAAAAGCUGGGGGCAACCGGCGAUUCGAUUCCUGAUAUGAAUGAGCAGAACGACGGCGAUGGCAGCGGCCACCAGAAGCAGCCUGAUUCCGAUGCCCAGCCUGGCAACGAGUCUUGACCUGUUUAGCCCAGGAUUGUUGUAACACGGCAUUGCCAUUUAUUUUCUCGAACAAAUAUCGAACAGAAAAUAGGAGAAAAUUGUGUAUGCAGUUCUACCUCAGCUGGCUAAUAUAUUUCUAACGGCAUAUGCAUAUAUGCCAAUCACUGCUUUCCUUGAA